AUGGAGCGCGCGGCGGCGACGGCGGCGGCGCCUGCGGGGAGGACGGUGGCCGGGAGGAACGCGAACUUGCCCUGGGUAGAAAAAUACCGACCUCAGACGCUGAGUGAUCUGAUUUCUCAUCAGGACAUUCUGAGUACCAUUCAGAAGUUCAUCAGUGAAGAUCGGCUGCCUCAUCUCCUUCUCUAUGGACCUCCAGGGACUGGCAAGACUUCCACCAUUUUGGCCUGUGCUAAACAGCUUUACAAAGACAAAGCGUUUGGCUCAAUGGUCCUCGAGCUCAAUGCUUCAGACGACAGGGGAAUUGACAUUGUCCGAGGGCCUAUCCUGAACUUUGCCAGCACGAGGAGCAUCUUUAAGAAAGGCUUUAAGCUGGUGAUUCUGGAUGAAGCAGAUGCCAUGACGCAGGAUGCCCAGAAUGCCCUCAGGCGUGUGAUAGAGAAGUUCACCGAGAACACCAGGUUUUGCCUAAUCUGCAACUACCUCUCCAAGAUCAUCCCAGCCCUGCAGUCCAGGUGCACCAGAUUCCGCUUUGGGCCCCUGACUCCUGAGCUCAUGGUUCCUCGGCUGCAGCACGUCAUCGAGGAGGAGGAAGUUGAUGUAAGCGAUGAUGGGAUGAAAGCCCUGGUGACGCUUUCCAAUGGCGAUAUGCGCAGGUCUCUGAACAUCUUACAGAGCACAUCCAUGGCCUUUGGAAAGGUGACCGAGGAGACAGUCUACACCUGCACGGGGCAGCCGCUCAAGUCUGACAUUGCCAACAUCCUUGACUGGAUGCUGAACCAAGAUUUCACCACCGCCUAUCGCAAUAUCAUGGAGCUGAAAACGUUGAAGGGUUUAGCUCUUCAGGAUAUCCUGACAGAAAUCCACCUGUUUGUCCACCGAGUUGACUUCCCAUCAUCUGUACGAAUCCAGUUGCUGAUCAAGAUGGCGGAUGUUGAGCACCGCCUGGCUGCAGGGACAAGCGAGAAGAUUCAGCUGGGGGCCCUUGUUGGUGCCUUCCAGGUCACCAGAGACCUGAUCACAGCGGAGGCUUAGAAAAGCCCCUUUCUCUCCAGCUUCUCACCUGCUGUCCGGUCUACAGCUUCCGCUUCUGCAUCUCCAAAAGACAGAACUCCUUUUUGGCUGUGCAUCGGCAUUCGUGGUAGCUCUUUACCGAGCUCCCUCAGAAUUUAGGGUCUCCUUAAGGCAGGGGUGGGGAACCUCUACCCUGCAGGCCAGAUUUGGCCUUGCAACACCAUUCCUUGCAAGCCACGGCCACCUGCCAUCAAAUGUGAGACAGGCACCCAAGUGGCUACAAAGGAGCAGUCAGGAGCCUGAAGUGAGCUGCAGUUUCUUCUUCCCUGGAGCAAGCCUGACUCCCACCUUUCCCCUGCUUUUUUAGCAGCUGGUUUCCAAUGAAAACUUUUGCCAGGUAGGCAGGACAACCCCACCAGUCAGUCAUAUGAUGUCACAACAACGUCAGGCAAUUGACAGGUGGGUAGCCUCACCCACCUGCCACGGUUCAUAAAACAGAAAUGUGCUUCAACAUGGUCUCCAGGUCUAGAUGGGCGCAGCAAGAUGCCAUGUAGGAAGAGAGGACCCUUGGCUUCCAGAGUGCGGCAAAAAGGAAAAAGCAGCUCACUGAGUCAGGAGCCGGUAGCUCCCUGGAUGCUUCCAGACCACCUAACUGCCCUCAGCCCCAGCCAACAAUCAGAAAUGAGGGAAAUUGGGGUCUAGUACCAUCUAGAGGGCCACAGGCUCCCCUAAGUUGCUUGAAAGCAUCUCUUUAAAGGAGAUUCUUGAAGUGUUGCCUUCCUCCUAUUGAAAUGCAAUAGUGUUUUUGUUGUUGCUUUUUGCAUG